AUGGCAUCCGAAAAACGUUUACGACGACUAUCCCAGACAAGAGCCCGGCCUCCAGCAGGCACAAAACGGUCCUCGAGCUUGCGAAGGGUAUACAACCGCUUCUUCCACCCCGAUUCGCCGCUCUCAGAAGGUUCCGACGACGGGUCUCCGGUCGUACCAGACUCCACGCAACCUCCACUGUCAGAGAUUGAAAUCCUUCAGGGUGAACUGCAACAAUGUCGCCAGAAUCUCGAGGAGGCCAGGGAGAUGGUCAUGUCUCAGGACCACGAGCUGUCAAACUUGGAGAAAAACACACAAAAGAUGGAGAGACGUUACAAGGAGAAAGAGUCUGCUCUACGACGACUGAAAGCUUCGCUGGAGGAGACUAUGGUGGCCGUCGUCGUGCAGCAAAUCAGAGAUGCUCAGAAAGCCGAACGAGAUCUCGUCAAGGAAGAGUGUAACCGUGAGCAUCAGGCAGCUUUGGACAGUGUACACCACAAAUACAGGUCAAGAGUCGCCAUUUUGUCACAGGAGCUCCUGGACUCUCGCGCAGCGAAUGAGCGGAUGAAGGUCACCUACGAAAACGAGGUCUCCGCCCUGCGUGCUGAACUCGCCUCUCUGAAUACCGAUCUCGAAGCCGCAAAGAAUGCUAUUGUCGAGACUACCGAAUCACUCAAAAGCGUCCAACUGGCCUCAACGACGGCACUAGAAGAGACCGAGAAGGCCAACGCAACACUGAGAGCCGAGCUCGAAUCCCAAAUCGCUUCUCUCACUGACGAGUUGAAUGCUACCCGUUCAGGUCUACAAAAUGCCGAACUGAGCAUUGAGGAUCAUACCAAACGGUAUGAAGACCUCCAAACGACCUCCUCUCGUGCAAUAGAAGAGGCCAACACUUCUCUCGCGUCGAUUCGGGCGGAUCUAGAGGCCCAACUCGAAGCACACGUCGCAGAGCUCACUACGACCAAAGACGCCCUCGACACCUCAUCUCGGGAGAGGGAGGCCGACCAAUCAGCACAUCAGAUAGUCUUGGAUGAGCUCACCAGUGUUCGAAACCAGAAUGCUGAUCUCACGGACGAGGUGCAAACUCACGUAGAAUCAAAGGCUGCUCUGGAAGAGAAAAUCGCCCAGCUCGUGCUCGAGCUUGAAACAUUUGAGGCCUGCAAACAAGAUCUCGAAGGCUCUCAAGCCCGGGUUGCGGAUUUAGCUACGGAACUCUCUACAUCGCAGGUUGCACGGCAGAGUGCAGAGGCGCAGGUUGCUCAACUGUCCGCCGAGCUCGAGGAAUUCGCUCAGCUGAAAGCCGAGCACGAGGUGCAGACACAAGAACUCGAGAGCGCCACUGCUAAGGUUGCAGAUUUGACUGCAGAGCUCGAACCCUUCAAUACCUGCAAGAGUGACCUGGAAGCGGCAGAAACAAAGAUUGGCCAACUUUCUGCCGAGCUUGAAAACCACAACCAGCUCAAAGCAGACCAUGAAUCGUGCAAGCAAGAACUCGAAGACAUCCAAUCCAAGGUUGCAGAUCUUUCUGCCGAGCUUGAGGUCCUGCAAAGUUGCAAGCAGGAUCUCGAAGAAGCCGAAGCGAAGAUUGGCCAAUUGACCGCUCAGCUCGAAGACCAUGAGCAGCUCAAAGCGGAUCACGAGACCUCCAAGCAAGAAUUGGAGAGCACGCAGGCCAAGCUCGGGGAGCUACAAAGUGAGAUUGAAGGAACCAAAAAUGCCUUGGACGGAGCCGAGUCGCGGAUCACGCAACUCACGACGGAGCUUGAAGGUUACUCCCAGCUCAAAGAGGACCACGAGGCAGAAAAAGAACGUUCUGCCAACCUUCUUACGGACAUAGAUCGCCAUGUUGCCGCUGUGGCGGACGCUGAAACAAGACACAAAGAAGCAGAGGCACGUGCUACCGAGGCCGAGGAGAAGCAUACAGCGGUGCUUGAGGAGCUCGAGCAGCAGAAGACUGCCGCGGCCGAUGCUCACUCUCGUGCUGCCGAAGCGGAAGAGAAGCACGCCUCCGCACUCGAGGAGAUCGAUCAACAUAAAGCCGCCACCACUGAGGCCGAGUCGCGUGCUGUCGAUGCGGAACAGAAACAUGCUUCCGCAUUAGAGGAGUUGGAAACUCACAAGGCAGCCGCAGCGGAGGCGGACGAAAAGCUGAAAGAAACCGAAGCGCGCGCCGCUGAAGCAGAGGGGAAGCACGCCUCUGCCCUCGAGGAGAUUGAACAACAUAAGGCCGCUGUGACCGAGGCUGAAAGGCGCGCCACAGAAGCAGAAGAGAAGCAUGCUUCCGCACUCGAGGAGAUCGAUCGACAUAAAGCUGCCACCACAGAAGCCGAAUCUCGUGCUGUCGAGGCAGAAGACUUGCAUAAAUCUGUCCUUGCUGAGGUUGAAACGCUGAAGGAAAGCCUUGCAUCAGAGACCUCAAACCAUGCAACAACGAAAGAACAGAAUGAGCAACUCACCAAGGAUCUUGAGGAUGCUUCCAGUUCUCAUCGUACGGCUCAAGCUUCGCUAGACGAGGCAUUAGAUAGCAUAACCUCCCUCAAGGAGCAGGUCCAAUCUCUCGAGUCCGAGGUUGCUUCCAUUACAGCAUCGAAGCAGGCCGAAGCCGAAGAGUACGAAGCACAAAAAGCAAACCUCACCGAAGAACUGGCCACUGCCAAGGGCGAGAUAUCCAAUCUCGAGGCAGAGAAGGCCAGGUUGGCCGAAGCUAUCGAAACUGCUGACGCAGCUAAGAAAGAGCUCGAGGAGAAAGUUGAGGGUCUCGAAGCGGAGAGUUCCAGACUUUCUAGCGAGCUUGAAGAGGCCAAAGCGACCGCACAGAAGCAGCUUGAGGAAGCACAAGCUAGCCUUCAGUCGGCGGAAGAGAAAUACACUGGCCUCGAGACAGAGGUAAAGUCGCUUCAAGAGUCUAACGAAGAACUCCAAAAUAAAUGUGGAAAGCUCGAGGAAGUGGAGGCCGAUCGCCAAGCUGCGGAAGAGAAAGUCAAGGCCUUGGAAGAACAACUCAAAGCGCUCAAGGACUCUCAUGACGAAUUGACAGCGAAAUGCGGAGAGGUGGAGGCCGCUCAGCACAGCGCAGAAGAGAAGGUUGCCACUUUGGAAGGAGAGCUGAAAUCAGUUCAUGACACCAAUGAAGAGCUGACGGAGAAAUGUAAGAAGCUUGAUGAACUGGAGGCCGAGCAUACUGCUCUCCAAGAGAAAUCCGCUGCUCUCGAAUCGCAGGUGCAUUCAAUUGAGGAGUCUAAGAAUGAGCUGACGAAGAAGCUUGAGGACGUCGAAAGUGCCAAAGCGGUGGCUGAGAGUGAGGUGGAAAAGCUACAGCAAGAGCACGUGUCAGCCGUGGAUGGACUUAAACAGGAACUUGCGUCCACCAAGGAAGCCUCUGAGAAAGCAAAGGAAGAGGCGGCAGCGUCUGUGGCAGAACUCGAAGCAAAAUUGGCCGCUUCUGAAGCUUCUCACCAGGAAGCUCAGGAAUCGCUAGAAAAGGUUCGUGCAGAAGCAGACCAAUCCAAGUCCGAAAUGGAUGACAAGCUCGCUGAGGCAGACGAUGCCCUGAAAGCUACUCAAGAAGCUCUGUCAAAAGCACAAGCUGACGCUGAUACCUUAACCAGUGAAUUUGAGCAGAAACUGGCCGAUACGCAAGCGAAGCAGAGCGCUUCGGAGGAGGAGGCAGCCAAGGCAAAAGAGGAACUUGAGACGAAGCUGGCCACAGCGUUGGCUGAGCAAAAAUCCGCCGAAGAUGCGCUUGACGAAAUCAAAAAGGAAGUCGAGACCGCCGAGGAGGCCAAAGCUGCCCUUGGGUCGAAGUUGAGCGAGGCAGAAAGCGCCACCGCCGCAGCCGAGCAGCGCGUCACAGAAAUCGAGGCAGCCAAAGUCGAAUUGGAGGGAAAGAUCAAAGAAGCCGAAGAGAACAAAGCAAACACCGAGCAGGAGCUUCAAGCAGUCAGAGACAAGUUGGCUGCAGUCCAGGCAGAACUUGAGUCGACCCAGCAGGAGAAGCUCAAUAUUGCCGAGCAGUCAUCGAAAGACCUUGAAUCCAAAGAGGCCGAACUAGGCGCGGCUCUGACCUCCAAAUCGGACCUUGAGGCCCGACUCCAAGAGACAGAAGCGAACCUAGAAGCUGCCAAGAAGGCUGGGGACGAGUCGAGUGCUCACUUGAAAGAGCUCGAGGCUGAGAUCGAGUCCCUCAAGGCUCAAGCGAUCGAGCUUAGCAAGAUGUCAGAGGACCUGGAAGCCAAGGAGAAAGCCAUCGCAGCUUUGACCACCAGCAAGGACGAAGCCGAGCAGCGGGUAAAUGAGACCGAGGCUAAGGUUAGCUCCUUGACACAGGAAAUCGAGGCGCUCAAAACAUCAUCGGAGGCAUCAAAGGAAGAGGCAGCCAAGCACCUCGAAGCGCGGGAGCAAGAAUUCAAGCAGCAGUCGGAUGAAGCUGCCCAGGAACUUGACAAGCUCCAGGUUGACUUGAAGUCCAAGGGAGAGGCGAUUGCAAAUCUUAGGGCUCUGAAGGAGAAGAUGGAAGAAGAGAUGGGAACAUUCUCGUCUCCGCCAACGUCGCCUGACCCCGAAGCUAUUGAGGACAAGACGUCGACAGUUGCCACGGUGAAUGGCGGGCGUGGGAGGAAGAGCCGAAGGAGGAAGUCCAAAGCCCGGGCCACUGAUGACAGUGAUGCUGCUAAAGGGGAUGUGGAUGAUGAGUGA